CAAAGUGCUUAUCAUCCAGCAGGACCACCUGCCACCACCACUUGGCCAAUCUUCUCUUCCUCUUCACAUAUUUUUUAGUACUAUAUAUUCCUUCAGUAUUCACUCACUCCCACAACAGGUAGAAGAUGGGUAAGGGAGGGAUGUCUCAUGGUGCUGCUGAAGGCAAAGAUGGUGAAGAAGAGAAUAUGGCUGCUUGGCUUCUUGGUAUCAAUAACCUCAAAAUUCAGCCUUUCAAACUCCCACCUCUUGGACCUCAUGAUGUUAGAAUUAGGAUGAAGGCUGUUGGCAUAUGUGGUAGUGAUGUACACUACCUCAAGAACCUGAGAUGCGCAGAUUUUAUUGUCAAAGAGCCAAUGGUUAUAGGGCAUGAGUGUGCUGGGAUCAUAGAGGAAGUUGGGAGUGAGGUGAAGAGCCUAGUGGUCGGUGACCGCGUGGCAAUAGAGCCUGGAAUCAGUUGCUGGCGAUGCAACCUUUGCAAAGAAGGUCGAUACAAUCUAUGCCCAGAGAUGAAGUUUUUUGCAACUCCACCGGUUCAUGGUUCUCUUGCGAAUCAGAUUGUUCAUCCGGCAGACCUAUGUUUCAAGCUGCCGGAAAAUGUGAGCUUGGAGGAAGGGGCAAUGUGUGAGCCAUUAAGUGUUGGUGUGCAUGCUUGUCGCCGAGCUGAUAUUGGCCCUGAAACAAAUGUCUUGGUGAUGGGAGCAGGACCUAUUGGACUUGUCACAAUGCUAGCUGCUCGUGCUUUCGGGGCACCCAGAAUUGUGAUUGUGGAUGUGGAUGACCAACGUUUAUCUGUUGCAAAGGAGCUUGGUGCAAAUGAGGCUGUCAAAGUUUCAACUAAUAUCCAGGAUGUAGCUGAUGAAGUGGUUCAGAUACAAAAGGCUAUGGGAGGUGGAGUAGAUGUGAGUUUUGAUUGUGCCGGCUUUAACAAAACCAUGGCAACAGCCCUCAGUGCUACUCGUCCCGGUGGGAAAGUUUGCCUUGUGGGAAUGGGUCACAGCGAGAUGACUGUACCACUUACUCCAGCUGCUGCAAGGGAGGUCGAUGUGGUUGGCAUAUUCCGAUACAAGAACACAUGGCCACUGUGCCUGGAGUUUCUGAGGAGUGGUAAGAUUGAUGUGAAGCCUCUGAUAACCCAUAGGUUUGGAUUUUCCCAGAAGGAGGUGGAAGAAGCAUUUGAAACUAGCGCUCGCGGUCGUAAUGCCAUUAAGGUCAUGUUCAAUCUGUAAUGUUCAUGUGAGCUACAAGCUGUCAUGUUUAUAUAUACAGUUGAAUAAACAAUAAUAGACUUUGGAACCAAAAAAAAAAAUAAUAAUAAUAAUGAUAAUAAUAAUAAUAAUAAUCCUUAAUAUCAAUUUUAUUUUAUUA